AUAAUUGUGCGAGUUAUUUCCCUUUUACACCUGAGCUUUGUGCUUUCGAGUAUUUUAGGAGAAACGGUUCACAAUGAUAAAUGUGCUCCCUGUGUAUGUUUUUCAUCAAACGAAACUUCCGGUUUGUAUUCUGUGAACUGCGCCUCAAAUCCGACACUGAACGGUCAAAUACCUGUAUUCAAACAUAUCUCGGAAAAGCAGAUCGUUAAAUUGGAUAUGUCCAAUAACAAUCUUCAGAACCUCACGCGCCAAACGAAAACACCAUUUGCAAAUUUUUCUAAUCUGCAAGACUUGAAUCUGUUUAACACAUCAAUCAACUGGAAAAUGAACAACACCGCAACAAUUGACAGCGAAACCUUCUUCGGACUUUCCACAACACAAGUCCUAAAUAUUUCGCACAACGUAGACCUGCCACUCACAAACACAACAAAUGAAUACGUUUUCAACCAUUUGAAGUCUCUGAAGAAAUUAGUUACAUAUCAGACGACUUUUAUCUAUCACAUCAAUACUAGUUAUCCGAGCAAUAUAUGGAGAAACAUACACUCUCUCGAAGAAAUAUGGAUUGACGGAUUUACCUUGGAGCCGUUUAGUGAAGAUUUUCGACAUAUGUCGAAUUUGAAGUCUAUAGUAAUGACCGGAGUAUUUAUUACACCAUCGGAGGAGUAUCCUGAUUACUGCGACAUGAAACAAAUCACUGACAACACGUUGGCGAACCUGGUUCACGUCAGCAAUCUGUCCAUCGUCCAUUGUGGACUACUGAGCAUAUCGAAAAAUGCGUUUAAAACAAUGGUAAAACUCAUUCAACUAGAUUUAUCUCAAAAUUACGAACUGACAAUAGAGAAGGCAGCCAUCAGCUUUACAAGUUUACCUCAUGGUAUUCAAUCCCUGUAUCUUGACAGUGUUCAAACAACAAAUUCUUUAGGAUGCGAUAUCAAUAUAACUAAGACAAUGGCAGCAUCGCUUACGAACACCUCCUUAAAGUUUUUGUCCUUGGAUGACAAUCGAAUUCAUUCGGUUGAACUAGAGGCAAUUUUUAAAUUGCCAAAGUCUCUGGAACACUUACGUCUCAGAAGAAACAAGUUUGAGCUAGGUUUUUACAUUUUUUACGCUUAUCAGUUGACUAAUCUGAAGAAAAUUGAUAUCUCAUAUAACUUUUUUGGACAUGAAUUUAAUCUCUGGCGUCAUACCAAUUCCCGUUCAACCUCGUUUAAUGACCCUAAUUUGCUAAUGACCAACGAGGAGAUUGUUAAAAGCGAUGCUAAAUUAGAUAACUUCGAUUGCCCGAAACCUCAAAAAUUUAUUCCAACGAUUUCCGUAACGGGAUUUCUUCCACCACGCUUGGAGAGAAUAGAUAUUAGUCACAGCAAAAUUGGAUAUCCUAUAUAUGACUUUUAUAUAGACACCAAUAAUUCAUUGAGAUAUUUCUUUGGCGCAUAUUCGCUUUUGUAUUGCUGGGCGGGACCGGUACAUGGGGUUGAAAAUGUAGAAGAAGUCGACCUAAGUAAUAACUUUUGUUCCAUUGUUAAGACGGAUUUCUUUAAAAGUAUGCCCAGAGUGAAACGUCUGUAUCUUCAACGAAAUAAUCUUUUCUAUGCUGUUGAGAAUAAGAAAUUAUUUCACUCAAAUUUUGAGAUUGAAAUUAUUAAUUUGUCCGUCAAUAGAAUAAGUAGACUCCAUCCAUUGCUUUUUGCGAAUCAAACUAAAAUGAAAAAGAUAAAUUUGGCUAAUAAUAAUUUGAUUGCUUUUGAUAACAGGAUAAGUCACAUGAAAUCAUUGGAGUUAUUAGAUAUGUCAAAUAAUCAUAUGUACACUCUGACAAAAGAACUUCGAUCAGAUCUUGAUAAUAUCGCAUCUACCAGGAAGAAUGGUUCACUUACUCUAAAUCUAAGGAAAAAUGUUAUAGCUUGUUCUUGUGAAAAUUUAGAAGUAUUGGAGUGGAUCCUUGAUCGCAUCAAGCCUUCUAAUAAUUUACUAGCAGUGAAUAUUUCCGAAUGUUACUUUACUCCAAACAGGUCCUCGUCGCUUCCAAACGCAACUUUGAUACACUCAAAAAAUGAUUUACAGUUCCAGGUAAAUUACUUGCAAAAUUUCUGUGCUUCAUACACAGCUCUGAUUGUUGUUCUAGUUGUCAUUAUCUUUUUGUCUAUUAAUAUUAUUGUCGGUGGUCUUGUGCAUAGAUUCCGAUGGAAGAUAAGGUAUUGGUACUAUGUCAGUAUGAACAAACGUAAUGGUUAUAUGUCAUUAAACAACACGUCUGAACACGACAUUUACCUGGUAUAUGACGAACAUGUACAAGAAUUUGUCUUGGAUACUUUGAAACCCAAACUCAACGAGGUACAUUAUGAAGUGUUUACCUAUAACGAUAUUAAGUCUGGUUGUUCUAUAAAUGAUGCCGUUAUUAAUGCCAUUCACGACAGUAAGGUUGUUGUGUUCGUUGUGUCUAAGUUAUGCAACAAUGACCCGGAAUGGGAAUGUGCAGUUGAAAUGACUGAAAUCGAAUCGGUGAAAAGGGGUCAUUCGAUUGGCAUUGUUAUUUUCUACAAUUCAGGAUGUACGCAGAAUCUUCCCAAGAGUUUAAGGAGUCUUUCGCAGGAUUCUUUUAUUGAUUAUCCCGAACAUUCAAGUAUUGAAGAAAUUGACGCAUUUUGGAAAGAUUUCCAGCUUAAAAUUAAUAAGAUUGAAAGUUUUGAAGAUAAACAACUUUAAAAAAAGAUAGUUUUAUGUUUGCGUUUAAGUAUUUACUCACAUGUUAUUAUUCAUUAAGUAUCACGUAUUAUGAUGAUACGUUUGUUGUUGGUACUAUGCUUUGAUGUUUCUUAUUAUUCUUCUAAUUACUUAAGCAAUUUCAUGAUCGUAACAUGCAAACUGACGGCAACACGAAUUUCUCUCUGUUUAUGAUUAUUGACUUCAGUAUUUCUGUUCUUGAUUAGUUUGUCCAGGUCUUCAAAGCGGCGUUUUAAACAUUUAGUUCAUUCCGUGUUUUGAGUCACCGUAAUAAAUAACAACUAUUUUUACACUCGUUCAACAUGAGACUUUGCUUGAGACACACACGAGCAGACGACAGGAAAAUACGUUCAAAUUGUAAAAUAUGUAAAUGUGCUCCAACACAAAUUUUAAUUUGAUUUCCAUGGUAUCAAUUCGUCAUGGAAUGUACUGUCGUCUAAUAAAUGACCGUUUUAUUUAUGAGACCAUCAUAAUGAAGUAUUUGGUAAAAGGGUACAAUGUCUUUUUAUGGAGGGAUUACAUUGUAUUGUGGUAAUUAUUUGGAUAUAAUUAUCAACUGUAUCCAAGUAUAUUUUAGUAUACGACAGCGCAUGUCGCAGCGUCAGCAUGCAUGUGUACCUUAGUGUGUUAUGUAAAUGGAACACAUUAAUUUAUAAAAUACAUUCAUGGGAUGAUACAUUUUGCGAUAACGUACGUAAAAAAGGCUUUAUCGGACGGCUGAUUUUUUAGUAAACAAUAUACUAAGGUCUUGACCUAGAAACUUGAUCACAUGUGUUAAUAUUACUCAUGUAUAAACUAUGUUCUACUAAUAUAUGUAUUAUCAUUGUGUUUUACAGUACUCAUUUUAAUAAAAUUUUGAUCGAUCUAGAAUAUAUGUUCAUAAGUUGAGACCCUUUUGUAUCCCUAUA